CAUAAAGUCCAAAGUCCCACGACCGGCUCCCCUUUCUGCCCCACCGCACCGAACCGCACCGCACCACCACCACCACCCCCAAAUCUCGUCGCGGCCGCGGAAACCCUACCCUGCCCUCCCCUCGGCCACCGUCGCCGGCCACGGUGAGCGCCCCCCCCCCCACAGCAGCGAUGGCCUCCCCGGAGGGCUCCCCGUGGGUCUUCGACUGCCCCCUGAUGGACGACCUGGCCGCCGCCGGCUUCGACGCCGCCGCGGGAGGCUUCUACUGGACGACGCCCGCCGCUCCUCCGCAGGCGGCGCUGCCGACGCCGCCCGUCGCCCCUGCCGCCGCGGCGCCGGACGCCUGUGCUGAAAACAAUGGUACUGUGGAGUGUGAACAUGGCAAAGAACAGUCAGCAAAUAAACGUCCUAGAUCGGAAAGUGUCUCUCAACCAAGCUCCAAAGCAUGCAGGGAAAAAUUAAGAAGGGACAAGUUGAACGAGAGGUUCUUGGAACUGGGUGCUGUACUGGAACCAGGGAAGACACCUAAAAUGGACAAAUCUGCUAUACUGAACGAUGCCAUUCGUGUAAUGACUGAGCUGCGUAGUGAAGCACAGAAGUUGAAGGAAUCAAAUCAGAGCCUCCAAGAGAAAAUAAAAGAGCUGAAGGCUGAGAAGAAUGAGUUGCGUGAUGAGAAGCAAAAGCUGAAGGCCGAGAAAGAGAGCCUGGAGCAGCAGAUAAAGUUCCUGAACGCGCGACCAAGCCUCGUACCACACCCUCCGGUUAUCCCAGCCGCUGCAUUCGCUGCCGGGCAGAAGCUGAUGAUGCCUGUGAUUGGCUACCCAGGAUUUCCGAUGUGGCAGUUCAUGCCACCGUCUGAUGUUGAUACCACAGAUGACCCCAAGUCAUGCCCUCCUGUUGCCUAAGUCAAAGCAAAAGAUCAAUUUGCCUCGCCUUGCAGGAAAGAGGCGGAACUGCCUUCCAUUCAAGCUCAGUUUGGUCGUCAGUGUUUACUACCUAGCUAAACCGCAGGAUUAAGCUGUAUGAGAUUUCAAAAAAAAAAAAAAAGCUGUAUGGAAGCAUCAACCGGUGACAUUUGAACCCAUGACACCGUUGUAUAUUAUUAUUAUAUCUUAGUAAAUAAAUUACAUCUUUUGAAAUAAAUGAGAAUUAGAUGCCAUAGAAUUA